AUGGCUGCAUCCGGGCAGAGCAACGAAGAGCCUCCAGAUGGAAAAUUUGACCACCUCCGAACCUCCAAAACCAGCCAUCGGCUGAACCAAAUCGAAAAGAUCAGGGCUCAUGGAUCGGCUGGCAAGAGCUCCGUCCUGGAGGGCAUCACAGGAAUCCCAUUUCCUCGAAAAGACGGACUUUGCACCAGGUUUCCAACAGAAAUCAUCCUUCGCCAUGCGGAGGGAAAGUCGGUCGUUUAUACGGCCAGCAUCAGGCCACAUACUUCGCGGCCGGCAGAGGUUCAGCAGACGCUCUCUACAUAUCGCAGGGACAUUGACGAUCUAUCAGAGCUGCCUCAAAUUAUCGAGGAAGUGUCAAAGUUGAUGAACAUCCGUGGAUAUUCGAACAAGAACGACGGGCACGCUUUUGCCCCUGAUGCUCUCCGAAUCGAAGUCGCCGGCCCCAUCGGACUGCAUCUCAGCGUGGUGGACCUACCAGGACUCAUAUCCAACCCCAAUGAAGAGCAGACGGAGGAAGACGUCGAGGCUGUACAUAGCAUGGUCACAUCCUACCUGGAAAGCUCUCGGACAAUCAUUCUCGCCGUUUUGCAAGCGGGCAACGAUAUGGCUAAUCAGUCAAUCAUCAAACUGGCGAGGAAGCAUGAUACCCUUGGAGAGAGAACAGUCGGAAUCAUCACGAAGCCAGACCUCAUCAACAAGGGUACUGAAGACAUGCUGGCACUCGUCGCCAAAAAUCAAGGCAACAUCAAAUUCAAGCUGGGAUUUUUCCUUCUCAAGAACCCCAGUCCCGAAGAACUCAAAGGAGGUCUCGAUCUGAGCGCCCGGUCAAGGUUGGAACAAAGGUUCUUCUCUAGUCCUGACUGGGUUAAACAGGGUCUCGACAUGGAUCGGGUAGGGAUAGAGAAGCUGCGAGGAUACCUCCAAGGCUUGCUUGAUAACCAUAUAGAGCGAGAACUUCCCAAAGUAAGAGACGAGAUCAGGAAGCUACUGGCUGAGAAAGAUGAUGAGCUACAAUCUUUAGGGUUUGCUCGCUCUUCUACUGAUCUCAUCAGGACUUUUCUUACUAGCUUGAGCAUGAAGUUCUAUCAACUGUUGCAGGCGGCUCUUGACGGUAACUAUCACAGCAUCGAUGCUAGCUUCUUUUCCGCGAGCGAUAAGACACGACUGCGGGCAUGUGUACAUGAAUCGAACACAAGGUUUGCGGCUUAUAUGCGGGACUCGGGGAAAAGAAGACAAGUGGUAGAUACGAAUACCGAGUCUGGCGACUCAACGGACAAGGAAGUGACUGAUACGACAGCUCAGCUCCAAGUGAGCAAGGCGGAGAUGGAUCAAUGGGUUGAGAAGGCAUAUACACGUACAAGGGGGAAGGAGUUGCCUGGAAACUACAAUUCAGCGCUCUUGGCAGAGCUCUUUCAUGAGCAAUCGUCUCGAUGGCCUAGUAUUGCCGCAUCCCAUGUCCACGACAUCCUCGAUACGGUUUCAAACUGGAUACAGUUAGCCGUGGAAAGACUUCAUCCCGAUGAGUGUUUGAAGACUCAAAUCUUGGCCAUCUUACAGCAGUGGUUAGAGAGUGCAGAGAAGAAUGCUUUUGAAGAAUUGGCAAGGCUCAUUGAAGACGAAGGACGGACUCCGUUGACGUAUAAUCACUACUAUACGGACAACGUCCAAAAGGCUCGGAUGAGUGAGCAAAGAAAGGCGGUGGCCGAUGCUGUCAUUGCUCAAAAAGAUUUACAUGGGAGGAUUCGCCUUGAAAAUUCCUUGGAAGUGGAAAGAUUCCUCGAGAAAGUCGGAACCAAGGUCGUUGUCGAUAUGGAUGAGCAGGCUUGCAACGAAGCCAUCACACAGCUAGACGCCUAUUACAAGGUCGCAAUGAAGACAUUCGUCGACAAUGUCGCCCGCCAAGCCAUCGAGCGCCACAUCUUAUCUUGCCUACCCAAUGCCUUCUGCCCAACAUCUGUGUCUCUAUUUUCCGAAGAAGAAUUGAAACGAAUCGGUUCAGAGUCAGAGAAGCAAAUUGACCGACGCGAGAAGUUGGCUGCACAGGUGCAAGGGUUGAAGAAGAGCUUGAGAGACCUGCAGAGAUUGGUAUGA